ACACCAUUAAUACUACAAAUAAGAACAACCGGGGUACGGUCACACUAAAAUAAGACGUUUAUUUCAAAUAGAGGUUUGUAAAGCUCCGGAACGUCACAGAGGCUGCAGGAAAAGUCAGGCUGCUUAAUCGAGCAACGACUAGUCGCUCAUCUGUUAUUCCUUGGCCCAGGCAAGAGGAGCAAACUCCGACAUGUGUACAUUUCUGUGCUGUUAAAAUGGGCGACUUGUUUAAUUUUACGGUACUUACACGAAUAUAAACGUUAGACAUGGCUUAUGUCUGUUUUGUUUCAGAGGUAGUUAGUUUAGCAUCUUGUUAUACAGGCGUUGCUUAAUGUGAAGCUAACGGCUAACCGUCCAUAGUGUUACCAAUGCGUUACAGUUUGUAGCUGUGUAGCUGUCAUAUCCGUUUACGAAAGAAGUAGCCAUGUAUUGCAGCUAAUAUGACUGCCUUCUCAAUGUGGGCAUAAAUGGACUUAGAGGAUAAGUUAAGGCGUAGUUGUGGUCGUUGACACUCCACAGUUUAGGGUUCCACCUUGCACCGUGUGUUACCUGAGCGUACGCUGCUAGCCACGUAAACUGCUCCCGCUCGGUGUUGACGUAGCAGGAGCAUCUAUCCCUCGCCUGCCCCGUCAAGCUACACUUUCCGUGAAUUUGUGGUGCCAUAGACAGCCUGCCCUAGUAACUCGAGACAUCCCGAAGACCCGGCACCACCGAGGGCAUGAAGCAUUGUAACUCAAAAUGCUGUAGCUGGACUUGAACGUGUGGCUCGCUUGUUUCCUGGUCCUGCGGCAUUGAGCGGAUGAUGAAGCGGAUCAUCUGGAUGAUAUCAGGCUUAAACAGAAGAAUCAUGAAGCUGCUUUUCGCCCUCGCUUUGAUCGCCUAUAUUGCCUCUGUUUGGGGAACAUACACUAACAUGAGAUCAAUACAAGAAAUCGGAGAAAUGAAGAUUGAGCAGCAAAUUGAAGACGCUGUGGCUCCUCUCAAAGAGAAGAUUCGUGACCUGGAACAAAGUUUUUCUCAGAAAUACCCACCAGUGAAAUUCCUGUCAGAAAAGGAUCGAAAGAGAAUUUUGAUAACUGGAGGAGCUGGUUUUGUGGGUUCCCAUCUGACUGACAAAUUAAUGAUGGAUGGCCAUGAGGUGACUGUGGUGGACAACUUCUUCACAGGAAGAAAGAGGAAUGUGGAGCACUGGAUUGGACAUGAAAACUUUGAACUCAUCAAUCACGAUGUAGUGGAGCCUCUCUAUAUUGAAGUGGACCAGAUCUAUCACCUGGCAUCUCCAGCCUCUCCUCCUAAUUACAUGUAUAAUCCCAUCAAAACACUCAAGACCAACACCAUUGGUACACUUAACAUGCUUGGCCUGGCCAAGCGUGUUGGUGCAAGACUUCUUCUGGCUUCUACCUCUGAGGUUUAUGGCGAUCCCGAGGUACACCCCCAGAAUGAGGAAUACUGGGGUCAUGUGAACCCGAUCGGUCCUCGAGCGUGCUAUGAUGAGGGGAAACGUGUGGCAGAGACUAUGUGUUACGCCUACAUGAAGCAGGAAGGAGUAGAGGUGAGAGUGGCAAGAAUCUUCAACACUUUUGGCUCCCGUAUGCACAUGAAUGAUGGACGUGUUGUCAGUAACUUCAUCCUUCAGGCUCUUCAAGGAGAACCUCUCACUGUGUAUGGCACUGGUUCUCAGACAAGAGCCUUUCAGUAUGUAAGUGAUCUGGUGAAUGGCCUUGUGUUGCUGAUGAACAGUAACAUCAGCAGUCCAGUCAAUCUGGGGAACCCAGAAGAGCACACCAUUUUUGAGUUUGCUCGCCUCAUUAAAAGUCUUGUUGUGAGCCGAAGCCAGAUCCAGUUUCUUCCUGAGGCCCAGGAUGACCCGCAGAGGAGAAGACCUGACAUCCGUAAAGCCAAGAUGAUGCUCGGCUGGGAGCCGGUGGUACGUGUGACACACGAUAGAGGUGCCCUUGGAGGAAGGCUUAAACAAAACAAUUCAUUACUUCAGUCGAGAACUGGAGCAUCAGGCUAACAACCAGUACAUCCCCAAACCUAAAGCCGCCCGCAUGAAGAAAGGAAGACCCAGACACAACUGAGCCUUACUUUUCCACCACACACUCUUCUGUGUACCAGAAAGAUUUUAAGACUCUUUAAAAUACACUGCUGAUUACUGCACUCUGACAAAUGGAGUCUUUUUUUUUUAUUUUGGACAAGCAGAGACAACUUACUCUUAAAACUCACUUUGCAAAGACAGUGUUGCCUUGCACUGGAGCUCCAUCUGCAAUGUCAGUAAGGUGUUCUUACUGCAGCUUGUGUGACUGACAGAGAAGCCUGAAUCAAAGGCAACAUAUUGAAGGCAAAAAAAAAUCUGAACCCAGCCUAUAUAUAUUUUUUUUUUCUUUGUGUGUGUGAAUUUAUGCUUUUGCUAUUUAAAUUGCCGACAUGAGAAUUCUGCAAACAGCUUGCACUGUGCAUCUGUGCUUUGUGUUUAUUUUGUGUUUUGUCUGUAGAGAUGAGCUAUCUGAAUUUGUUUUUCCACUGGAUGUUUUGUCGUCCUCUGUCAGCUGUUCAUGCAGCGCACCGCAGGGCUGGGAAAAAAAACCUUCUGGAAAGACUGUUACAGCAUCAUGUGCUUUUCACAACAUCAUUCGUGUUGGAUAAUUAUUUGGGGUGAAGAUGCUAUUUUAAUAAAAUAUUUCCAGUAUUUUGU